AUGAGUUUAUUAUGUCGUGCAAUUCCAACGGUUUGUUUCCGACAUAUCGCUGUUCGUUUUUCUUCUUCUGGUGCUAGAAAAUAUACAAAAAAACACGAAUGGGUUGUUGUUGAAAAUGGUGUUGGAACUGUAGGAAUCACUGAUUUUGCUACAGUAAGAAAACUUUUUGCACUUCCUUUUUCAAUUUCAAUUUGUUUUCAGGAACAAUUGGGAGAUAUUGUAUAUGUCGAACUUCCAGAUGAAGGAACAGAAAUCGAAAAAGGAGAUUCAACUGGAGCUGUCGAAAGUGUUAAGGUACAUUUAUUUUUGAACCGAACUUUGAAUAGCUAUCGAAUGAUUUUUUGGUCAAUUCUCAGAAAAGUUAUCUUAUCAAUUGAUAAGUAUCACGUGACAUUUUUCGGAACUUUGCAACUUUUCGAAUAUUUCAGGCUGCUUCGGAUGUUUAUGCUCCAGUUUCUGGAACUGUUACCGAGAAAAAUGUUAAAUUGGAAGACGAAUCGGGUUUGAUCAAUAAAUCGCCUCUCGAAAAAGGUGAGAAUUAAUCCGAAAAUAAUGAUUUUGAAAAAAACAAUGUACUUUUUUGUAAAGGUUGGCUUUACAAAUUGAAAUUGAAAUCUGAAGAGGAAUUGGCUCAACUUCUCAAUGAAGAACAAUACAAUGAAUUCAAGAAAACUGAAGAGGCUGAUCAUUAA